AUGGCCGAGGAGCCGGCGCUGAGCCCGGAGUCGGUGCUGCGGUUCCUGGCGGCGCGGGGCGGGCGGGCGCGGAACGCGGAGCUGCUGGAGCAUUUCCGGGGCUGGCUGAGCCCCCCGGAGCCGGAGCGCCGCGCCCGGGCCCGCCAGCACUUCAAGGAGCUGGUCAACGCCGUGGCCACCGUGCGCCUGGAGCCCGGCUCCGGCGCCAAGUACGUGCAGCUGCGGCGGCGCUACCGGCCCGCGGGGACCCCGGCUGCGGACAAGCAGGACUCGCCGCCCGGUGACCAGCCCCUCGAACCCGGCGGCAGCGAGGCCGCCGCCGCCCCCUUCGAUCCCCCAGCGGGGCCCGAGCCGCUGUCUGACAUCGCGGACACCGCCCCCGUAGAUCCCCCAGCGGCGCCGGAGCUGCUGCCCAGCAUUGCGGUGACCCCUGAGGAGGAGGCGGACUCGGUACAGCGGAGCCGGGACUCCUCGCCUUGCCCCGGGGGGCAGUUGGGGGAGAUCGCGCCAGCUGCCCCGGGGAAGCCGGGCCCCGAGGAUGGGGCGCUUCGGGGGAAGGGCCCCCCCAGCUGCCCGCAACAGCCGCCCCAGGCGGGGAGCAGGAGCGACUUGCCCCGGCUGGGCCAGGUGCCCCCGGGCGGCGGCAGAAAGAGGAGCUCACGGCGCAAUGUGGCCCGGGGGCUGCAGCCAGGGCACGGCGCGGAGGAGCCGCUUGCCCCUGCCCGGCUUGCCGAGGAGGAGGGGACCGAGGCCGGUUCCGGCUCCCCCUGCUCCCCGGGCAGCUCAGGCGGGGGUGCCACCCCCAGGUCCAGCCGCAAGAACUUCCGCGAGUUGAUGAUGGGCAGCUCCCCCCAGCUGAAACGGAGUUUCUUCCCCGGGGCCCCCCGAGCCCGCGGGGGGGACUCGGACAGCGCCUCGCUGGCCUCCUCCUCCGCCGAGGAAGAGAGCGGCGGGGGGAGCUCGGUGGCGCUGGACCCCCUGGAGCACGCCUGGAUGCUGUCAGCCGCGGACGGCAGGUGGGAGAGCCUGGAGGGGCUGCUGAGCAGCGAGCCGGGGCUGCUCUCCAAGCGCGACUUCAUCACCGGCUUCACUUGCCUGCACUGGGCCGCCAAGCACGGGCGCCACGAGCUGCUCGCCAUGCUCGUCAAUUUCGCGCACAAGCAGCGGCUGCCCAUCAACAUCAACGCGCGCACCAGCGGCGGGUAUACGGCGCUGCACCUGGCGGCCAUGCAUGGCCAUCUGGAAGUGGUCAAGCUGCUUGUGGGGGCCUACGACGCAGACGUGGAUGUCAGGGAUUACAGCGGGCGCAAGGCCUCCAACUACCUGAGCCAGAGCACCACGGAGGAGAUGCGGAGCCUGGUGGGGGCCCUGCAGGAGGAGGGCGAGGGCGCCGCGGGCAAUGGGAGCGGGCGCUGGAGACUCUCCAAGGUGCUCCCCUCCAACCUCAUUACCUACAAACUCUCCCACCACCACCAGGGGCAGGGUGAGGAGACUGAGUCCAGCGAAGGGGCAGCGGCCCUGGGCAAGGGCAAGGAGAUGAGUAGGAAAGCCUCAACUAGCGGCAGGAUGAAACCACGGCUCAACAAAAUCCGAUUCCGCACCCAGAUCAUCCACACCACCCCCUCUUUCCGAGGGGAGGCUGAGGAGGAGGAGCAGGAGGAGAAGCCACUGAGAACGUCCUUCAAACUCAGACCUAAAUCCAAUGUUUUCGGUUAA